AUGGCGGACAGAUACUCCUUCUCACUCACGACCUUCUCGCCCAGUGGCAAGCUCGUACAGAUAGAAUAUGCCCUCAAUGCGGUCAACCAAGGUGUUACCUCGUUAGGGAUAAAAGCAACAAAUGGCAUAGUCCUCGCAACCGAGAAAAAGUCAUCAUCUCCUCUCAUCGACGCCCCCUCAUUAUCCAAGAUCUCUCUCAUCACCCCGAACAUCGGCAUGGUCUACAGCGGCAUGGGACCAGACUACAGAGUAUUAGUCGACAAAGCUCGAAAAGUAUCCCACACCAACUACAAACGCAUCUACAAUGAGUACCCACCCACGCGGAUAUUGGUCCAGGAUGUUGCCCGAGUGAUGCAAGAAGCCACGCAGUCCGGCGGUGUGAGACCGUACGGUGUGAGCUUGCUGGUAGCAGGCUGGGAUGACGGUAUUGAGCCCGAGACGGCAGAAGCCAAGGAAGGCGAGUCAGAAGCCGAGGCGAAGCUCGCCAGCAGAAAGACAGGCGGUAUCCUCAAAGGCGGGCCAAGUCUGUACCAAGUCGACCCCAGCGGAAGUUAUUUCCCAUGGAAGGCUACUGCCAUCGGCAAGAGCGCGACCAGUGCAAAGACAUUUUUGGAGAAGAGAUACAACGACUCUUUGGAGCUCGAGGAUGCCAUCCACAUUGCGCUUCUAACUCUCAAGGAAACCAUCGAAGGAGAAAUGAACGGCGACACGGUCGAGAUUGGUAUCGUCGGUGAACCGGCUAACCAUCUGCUUGGAUUCGAAGGUGUCGAAGGAGCCGUUGGACCUCGAUUCCGCAAACUCACAAAGGAUGAGAUCGAGGACUACUUGACGAAUCUGUGA